UCAGAUUCAUUCACUCAGCAUUUUGGAAAGAAGGGUUACGUUUACGAACAUACCUACCUAUUUGAAUUAUUUUUUAGUUUUAUUAAAUCUUUUCAGAAUUAUAUUGGAAAGAAUAUACAUCAAGCAUUGUCUGUCUACUCAAUAAUUAGUAUAGGAUUAAUUCCGAUCGAGGGGAGGAUCUACGUUAUAUGGAUCUAUAAAAAAGCCUUCAUUUUGACAACAUAAAUAUUUGAAGGAAAAAACAAAAAGUUAGAAAUGGCAGGCACAAGACGUGCGCGAAACCAAGCCAACUCUGUCCCUAUACCAAGACAAAACUCUGUCAGUGACAGUGGCAGAACACGACAGAAUUUGAGCCCUGAAGUUUUGGCAGCAAUGAGCAAAGAACAGCUUCGAGCAGAAUGCAGAAAAAGGGGACAACGCUCUACGGGCAACAAAAAUGAGCUGCUCACCCGGCUCGGGUAUUACAAGCUGGCGGCGGCCGUGCAAGCGGACACAGAGCAGCGCACGCGCAACGGCCUCCACCACCCAUUUCCUAAAGAGAUCAGGAGUAAAGCCGUAACAAUGGAUACAGAUAGUCUGGUGCUGUGGCGGAGGCCCUUCACUACUAUAGAAUACUUCUUCAGGGAACUGUUCAUAUUGAUCUCAAGCGGUAUACAAAGACUAUUAGCGUACAGAUUAUUAGCAUUAGCAGUAGUAGUUUUGACGGUUGCCACGGCGGCUUCUUACUACGUCAGUGGACCCCACCAGCACUAUGUACAGUUGAUGGUAUCAACGCUGGCGUGGUGGGGAUGGUGGGUGGUGCUCGGUGUGUGCAGUUCGGUGGGUCUGGGCACAGGGCUGCACACUUUCCUACUGUACCUGGGCCCGCAUAUAGCGCGCGUCACGCUUGCGGCCUACGAGUGCGGCGCGUUGAACUUCCCUGAGCCGCCAUAUCCCAACGACAUAAUCUGCCCAACGGUCGCAGACCCCAACAACCCAGUGACAAUAUGGAACAUAAUGUCCAAAGUUCGCGUUGAGUCCAUGAUGUGGGGCAUCGGGACUGCGCUGGGGGAACUCCCGCCAUACUUCAUGGCGCGGGCGGCGCGCCUGUCGGGCGGCGGAGUCGCCGAGUUGAACACUAAUGAUGAUUCUAGGACUGGAAGAGCAAAAAUAAUGGUGCAAAAAUUAGUGGAACGGGUCGGGUUUGCUGGCAUCCUAGCGUGCGCGUCCGUUCCAAAUCCACUUUUCGAUUUGGCCGGGUUGACUUGCGGACAUUUCCUGGUGCCUUUCUGGACGUUCUUUGGAGCGACGGUUAUUGGAAAAGCUGUGAUCAAGAUGCAUAUACAGAAGAUGUUCGUCAUCAUAGCAUUCAAUGAGACGCUAGUUACCCAAUUCCUCUCCUGGGUAGAGAGGAUACCCUACGUGGGGCCCAAACUGGAAGCGCCAUUGCUAGAAUUCCUUCGCAACCAAAAAUCUCGUCUUCACAAAAACGAAGGCGCACAAAUAGAUAAUCAAGGCUCGGUGCUAUCGAGUCUUCUAGAAAAAUUCGUGUUAGCAAUGGUGGUGUAUUUCGUAGUGUCGAUAGUGAAUGCGCUUGCGCAGAAUUAUAGUAAACGCGUCGGCAAGAAGAAGGGCAAGAAGAGGGAAUAGGGGUCGAAAAAGGGCGACGCUAUUUGUGGAUACGGUCGUCGCCGCUUCACAUCGGAUCGCGGUCGCCAUCGGUAGUACUGCGCCGGUGCACGUGCACUCACGUGACAUAGACAAUUGUACCAUAAACAAUAAUUUAAGUAAACCAGUCCAGACUCAGAUACGCGUUAUUCAGAAUUACCUUUGUACUUCUAAAAGUAAACUAAGAGAUAUUUCUAUUAUGAAAUAAAAAUACAUGUGUAAACGAUUUACAAUGGGAGCUCGUGAUAAUUUCAAAUGUAAUCGAAACCUUCAAGCUGUGAUAAAAAUCACAUGGUUCAUAUGAUAAAAAUACUCUUAGAAGUCCAAUAACUCUGAAUGAAGUGUAAAUAGUAAUAAUGAUUGGUAAAAUUUAUGGUUUUAUUUGGGUUAGAAGGCCUUUGUUUUCUAUCAAUCUGCAGAGAGAAUUGCAGAAAUAUAAAACUAGUCUGUUUUUAUUUCAAAUCCUAAAUAAACCCAUAAAUUUAUGUUAUUAGGUAAUUUUAUCUAACUUAAGAUUAUGGUUGAAAAUAUUUAUUUAUUUCUCUAUUUAUUUACAGCAGCAUGAUUUUCAGUACUUAAGCGAUAUUUCGAAGAUAUAUCACAGCUCAGUUUUAGCCAAUCAUUCAUUAUUUAGUUCUUAAUAAGCUAAAGAGAUGGUUGAUACUUUGAUAGAAUUAUUUAUGUGUGGUGACUCUUUUAUAGUCAAAAACUGAAUAAAGGUUCUCUUUAGUGGUGUCACAAUCUAGAAUAUACCAAUGGUAGAGAGAGACAGCAUUUAUUAAUUUAUUCGUCUUUCAAUGGAGUCACUCUUCAAUUAAAAUAGUUUUUUAAUAUAUGUGAUUGACUUUUAAUUUCAAUGUUGGAGCUUAACAUUGAAGAGGCUCGUAGCUAAGCUGUAUAAAGCUUGUGUAAAAAGCAGCUGUAUUCUUUAUUAUACUUCUACAACCAUAAUUUAUUAUAAAGAUGAAUGUGUCAAUGUAUUUAUUAAAUAAUAUUAUUACGUCAACAAAGACUCCUCUGAACGCUCAAGUUAUCUAAAUAUUCACAAGAGGUAACUGACUGACUGAGACAACUUAAACUCCUGGGUACGGAAAUAAUUAACGCGGGCGGAGCCGCGGGCGUUCUUUAGUCGAUCAAUACAAAUGAUUACUGGAGUUUAAUGUAUGAAAAUUAAAACAUUUGAAUGAAAGUUUGAGCGUACAGGUGAGUCUAAUUUUAAGAUAUUCAGCUAUCGCCUGACCGAGAUGAUCUUGCCUUGAGGGUUUGUUAUACCAUUAUGACCAUCAAAACUAAAUACCCAGUCACUAUACUAUGUACCUACUUCAGUUAUAUAAUUUUAUACUGGCUGGCUAAGCCACGCGUUGUUUUGAGUUGUUUUAAAUUAUCUUAUUUUCAAGAAAAACAAUGUUUCAGUUACAGUCAGUUUAGUAGUUUCAGAGUUUAUUGAUGACAUCAUUGUACCAGAUUUUUUUGCGUGUUUUCCAAGACAAAUAUUACAGAUACUAAUUAGACCUCAACAGAUUUCUUGUUUCAUCUACUCUCAAUGAUAGAUGAGAUGAAAAAUCAUACCUUGAUUUUUCUGCGGGAUGCUUCUAGUAAUUCCCCUUUUGAGUCCUUUUGUGAGAAGAACUGCCUUUGUGACGCGCGACGCCGUUUUUUCACGCGGAAACGUUUUCCUUUUCAUUUUGACUUAAAACAGGCCAGCGAUAUUUAUCGCGCGAUUAAAACGGCGUCGCAGGUGCCAAGCUAUAGCGGUUGAAUAAUUUUUAUUUUUAAUUUGGUAUACAAGUAUGGCCACCUAAAAUUUGAAGACAUAGUUGGUGAUAUGGUUAUUAUAUAUAUUAAAUGUGUAAGUAUACUUAGAUUAUAAUGUUCCGAAGUGAUGGAUAUAUUUAACGAAUAUAUAAAAAUAAAAUAUACCUAAUAAAAGUAAAGUGCUCGGUGUUUAAUGUAAGUUGAUCAUAAGAAUGGCAUACAGGAAAAAAUGCUCAUCCCGAUUAUACAAUACUUUGACGUGUAGAUUUCAAAUGAUAAGUUUUUUAAGUGUGUUUAUAAUUUUAUGAACUGGCAACAAAAAUGUCUAUAGAAUAUUUUAUUGCACAAAAUGUGGGAUGAACAAAGGUUAAACAAAACAAUUAGUAGUUAAUUAAUACAUACAUAUAGUCACGUCUAUAUCCCUUGCGGGGUAGACAGAGCCAACAAUCUAAAAAAGACUAAUACGAGUAGGUCGCGUUCAGCUGUGUGGCUUAAUAAUAAAAUUGAGAAUUAAUUAAUCCAUAUUUAUAAUCAUUAAAUCUAACUUUUUUGUUCCCAGUAACUUUCGACAGCUAGUGAAUGUACAGCCAUGUUAAAAAUAAAUCAACUAAAUAGAAAUGUGUGCCAAAUAUUUGAAUUUCUACUUUCACAUUCGAUCAAAUAAUUUGGUUUUUGUAAAAACCGAACUACUUUAAAUUGUUUUGUAUGAGCUUUUAAUAUCUGAAACAAGUUGAGCUUGCCUGCGGUGACCAUAUUGGUUUUUUUUUAUCUUUACUUCAUAUAUGUGAUUAUUCCAAAAACUAAUUUUAAUUUCUGGUGCUGUUCCUAUUUCUUUCUUAUUCUGCAAUAAUUCACAAAAUAACGUGUUCAAUCCCUAGUUUGUUUACAAUAGUAAACAUAUAAUUUUGUGCACUAAGUUUUGGAUGAAAUGGAAUGAGGAAUGCAUCUUAUGUAAUUACAAAUUUCGUUACCGUUUUAUAACUAGUAUCACUUUAAUUUCGUAGUUUCACUAAUUUCUAUAAACAGUGUCUAGUUAAUUUUGUCGGUUAGUUAGGUACUACAAAUAAAGACAAAGCUAAAAGUAAGCAGAAUGAGUUCAGUAUUAACAAGGAUUUUGAAAUAGGAAUGUUCAAAGUUUAACUAAAAAAAUGUGAUAAUAAAGGUCAUUGAUGAAAAUCAUUUACAAUGGUACCAAACAAAAGUUUUUGCAACGGACUGUUAUUAAACUUGUCAGAAUGUAGGUAUGCAUUUGUGUGUUUGUCAUGUUUACAUCGCGUGUGUAAUGUUUUUGAGUUAUUACAUUCCAUUUAGUGUGAAUUUUAAACAUAGAGUUGUGUUGCCACAAUAAAAUUGUUAGGAAGUUUUCGAUUAGUCAAUAGAUUUGCACAAGUAUACUCUUAUGAGUUAUUUACUACAACUAUUUCUUUAGAGAACAAUGGUAGAUGUGUACCUAACCGAUUAUUUUUUAAAUUUGGUACCUUACUUAAAAGUCAGUGGUUGUUUUCUAUAGGAUUAGUUGUUUAGCGGAAGACAAUUACGUAGGAAAAUUGUGCUGUUUUAUUAGUUAAGAUGUAAUAUGUAAUUAUUAUUCAUAAUCUAUUAUUUUAACAGCAGAUAUGAUUUGCUGCAAAAAUUAUUUACCAACCUAGAAAAUACAUAAUAUAUAAUCAUGAUGAGUUUUGUUUGGCACAGAAUACUACCUAUAUUAGGCCACGGAUUGUUUAAUUUGAUUUGUUUUUAAAUUUUGUUGUGCAUAUUUUAUUUUCGAGUUUGUUUAAUGAAAUUACAAUUUAAUAGCAUGGUUUAUAGUGUGUAACUGUAUAGUCAUGUGGAGUGGUACAUUUAGUACAAAAUAUUGUUUAUAAAGUUUGUAAGUUUGAGGAUUCUUACUCCGAGAGCAAUAAAUAGAAAGAAAGCUAA